AUGAGUUUUGCAUCGAGGAAUAUUGGACGUAAGAUAGCAGGAGUGGGAGUUGACAUUGUAUACUUGCCAAGAUUUGCACAUAUACUAGAGAAAUAUUCCCCAUUCGACCCAUGUGGCCGUUCUACCUUGAAUAAAAUAACACGGAAGUUCAUGCAUGAAAAGGAAAGAUUUCAUUUCAGUAAUCUUCUCAUCGAAGAAAACUGCUUAACUCCACGAUUGCAUGAAUAUAUAGCGGGAGUUUGGGCUUUGAAGGAAUGCUCAUUGAAAGCGUUGUGUUGCUGUGUUUCAAAGCAUGAUCUACCUCCUGCCCAAGUACUGUACGCUGGAAUGCUAUAUAAAACACAAACCGAUACAGGUGUACCUCAGUUAGAGUUUGAUAAGAUGUUUGGAAAAAAGUAUCCAAAGUAUCAACAGCUCUCGAAAAACUACGAUUCUCUCUUUUCCACUCAUGAGUUUUUAGUUUCGCUAUCCCAUGAUAAAGAUUAUUUAAUUGCAGUAACAAACUUGGUAGAAAGAGAGUAA